GGAAGUUCUUUACGAAGCAGGGCCAGUUGUCGUCUUAUGUUCGUUUGUCGAAUUACUGUAUUUGGGGAACUUUACCCGAUGCAAGGCUAAGUAAGCCCAAGACAAUUGAAAAAAAGCUCCCACUCGUCGUCAAUCAACUUUGGGACUCUGAAUUCAAAUCUUUUACUUGGCGACUGCAGUGAGUAAUUUACGUCGUUGUUUAGCCCCCAACCUAACGCGGGGCUGUUAGCAGCUAGCUAAAGCGACGUAACUCUAUAUUCAGAUGGUAGUACUUUUCUGUUGCAAUACCUGAGGAGAAGUUGACACGUUACAACGUGAUAUUUGUUGGAAAAGAGACGUGAUGGGGUCGUCCAAGAAACACAAGGAAAAGAGCCGCGACAAAGACACAGAAGAGCGCCGUCGCGAACACAAGAAACAUCGCCACAAGGACCGAGACAGAGACACGGAGCGAGAUGGGGGUCGGGAAAAGGAGAAGCGAAAACGCUCCAGGUCGAGGGAUAGAAGUGGACGGGAAAGUCGUGGCAAAGGCGAAAGGAGUAGCGGGGAGCCGCGGGUGAAGAAGGAGAAAGCUGAUCCUGGGUAUGAGGAGAAUACGGAAGUCGAGCCACAGUCUGCAAGCGGGGAUGCAUCACUCAGCAUUGAGGAGACAAACAAAUUGAGAGCAAAGCUGGGCCUCAAACCUCUGGAGUUAAAUGAAACCAAGAAGGAGCUUGGGACUAAAGAGGAGCCCAUCGUGGCAGAGACUAUCAAUCCUGCUCAAAUCCAGCAGCAGAAAGAGAUAAGAGAGAAGCUUGCAGCUCUGAAAGAAAAACGCAUCCUGAAUCAAAAACUGGGAAAAGUCAAGACCCUAGCAGAGGAUGACUGGUUGGAUGACACAGCUGCUUGGGUGGAGAGAAGUCGCAAACUGGCAAAAGAAAAAGAGAUGGCUGAGAAGAGAGCCAAACUUCUGGAGGAGAUGGAUGAGGAGUUUGGUGUGAGCAGUCUGGUUGAGCAAGAAUUUGGGCAAAGCAAGAGUGAUGCUUAUACAUCUCGAGAUUUAAAGGGUCUCACUGUACAGCACAAGAUGGAGUCAUUCGCAGAGGGUGAGACUGUCAUCCUGACACUGCAAGACAAAGGUGUGCUUGAAGAGGAGGAAGAUGUCCUGGUAAACGUGGGACUGGUGGACAAGGAGAAAGCUGAGAAGAAUGUAGAGUUAAAGAAGAAAAAGCCAGAUUACAAGCCAUAUGAAGAGGAGGAAAGUGUGGAUGACAUGGUUACGUUUAAGCCCCGCUCUGUACUGUCAAAAUAUGAUGAGGAGAUUGAUGGGGAGAAGAAAAAGAGUUUCCGGCUGAGUGCAGGGGGCUUUGCUGAAGGGGAACGGGAGCGGGAGCUCCAGGCCAUCAGAGAGAGUCUUCGAAACCAGGCUCAGUCCCUGGAAAUGCCUAGUCUCACUAUCGCCUCAGAGUACUACACACCCCAGGAAAUGGUUGGCUUUAAAAAGACAAAGCGACGUGUGAAGAAAAUCAGAAAGAAGGAGAAGCAGACAGUUGCCGAGGAACUUCUCCUUGAUGACACACGCAACUCUGAUUUUGGCUCUAGGUCCCGUGGUCGGGGCCGUAGGCAGGCGGAGGAUGAAGACCAAGAGGUAAAAGGAGAAGGGAGUAGUUUGACACAAGAUGUUCCCCAGAAGUCUGAUGACAUCAGGAUGGCAGAAAUGGAUAUAAGUGAUGAAGAAGACUUUGCACCUCCUGAAUCAGCUGCUAUAGAGGAGGAUGAGGCAGAGCAGGAGCUGCAGAAGCAACUGGAGAAACAAAGGAAGCUUAAACAAAAGCAGCUUCUCAAAGACUCUGGGGAGAAGGUGCUACAGCAGGUCGAAAGGCUCGACAGAGGUGACCAUGACAAUGACCCAGACAGAAAGAACAACAUUGUUUUCAAUGCUACCUCUGAGUUUUGCAGAACUCUGGGUGACAUUCCAACUUAUGGCCUUUCAGGCAACAGAGAGGACCAAGAAGAUAUUAUGGAUUUUGAACAAGAGGCAGAAAGAGAUGAUGCAGGGGACUCAGACUCCGAGAUGGAUGAGAACAUUGGAUGGAGCACAGUUAAUUUGGAUGAAGAGCAGAAGCAACCUGAUUUCUCCACAGCCUCCACCACCAUCUUGGAUGAAGAGCCCAUAGUCAACUCUGGUCUAGCUGCUGCCUUACUGUUGUGCAAAAAUAAAGGUCUGUUGGACACUCAAAUGCAGAAAAUAGCCCGUGUCAGAGCACCAAAAGGAGCCCUACCCAAUGAUAACUACUGCAUUGAGGACAAGAUGACCAUUGAUGACAAGUACAGUCGUAGAGAAGAGUACAGAGGCUUCACACAGGAUUUCAAGGAGAAGGAGAGCUAUAAACCUGAUGUCAAGAUUGAAUAUGUGGAUGAGUCCGGGCGGAAACUCACUCCAAAAGAAGCUUUUAGACAGCUUUCGCAUCGAUUCCAUGGGAAGGGGUCUGGGAAAAUGAAGACAGAGAGGAGGAUGAAAAAGCUGGAGGAAGAAGCACUGCUGAAGAAGAUGAGCAGCAGCGAUACUCCUCUGGGAACUGUGGCCUUGCUUCAGGAAAAACAGAAAUCUCAGAAAACACCAUAUAUUGUUCUUAGUGGAAGUGGGAAAAGUAUGAAUGCAAAUACCAUUACCAAAUGAGGUUUAGAGAUGAGGGAAUUAUCUUUAGUACAUACACGUACAUGCUAUUUUAACUAAAGGAGAGUUACUAUAAUUUGUUUCUGAUGUCUUGUUUAAACAAGCUCAUUGAUGUAGUAAAGCAUUGUUAAAUAAAACAAAUGAAAAUAUGUUUGGUUUUUCUGUGUUGCUAGUUUGUAAGUUGAACAGUAAUUUGGUAGUAAUCUUUCAGUACCUUCAAGGAAACAAUGACUUCCACUAUCUUACAAUAUUGAGAAGCUAAGCUUGAUACAAUGACAUAACAGCAACUUUAAUUUUUAAUGCCUAAGUUCAGAAUCCAUUUUGUGACAUAAAGUUAGAAGUAGUUCUGGUAUUGUGUAAAGUGAUUCUAUGUAAUGUUUCAGAUUCUGUCACCACUUUCUGCUUUUAAGUAUAGAAAUGUAUCUGGGCACCAAUUUCCAAGUGAUGAUUUCUGUUAAUAAAACACUUCUAGACAAA